AUGAAGUCCGCCAUCAUCCUUUUGCCAGGCCUUCUGGCUGCCACUGCAAGUGCCAUUCCCAUUGUGGCUAGCGGCAGUGUAUAUGAAGUGCCAGAGGGAGUCGAGAUCCAAGAGCUCGUAGCUCGUGGCGCUGUUUUACCUCGGCAGUCGAACGAAACGGAUGGUAGCGACGUCCAAGUUACUGCCAAUCAGUUCCUUGAUAGUGGGUGCAAGGACGUGGUGCUGGUCUACGCCCGCGGAAGCACGCAGGACGGCAACAUGGGCGACCAGCCAGGACCGCAACUCGCCAGCGCUCUGCAAGCCUCACUCGGCGCCGAUCGUAUAGCUAUUCAGGGAGUCGAAUAUGAUGCAGGCCUACCGCAGAACCUCAUCCCCGGAGGCACCAACCCUCUCGAAGCUGCUGACAUGGCGAAGCUCAUCGCCAACGUAUCGUCCACAUGUCCCGACAGCAAGAUCGUGGUCUCUGGGUACAGCCAGGGAGCCGCCAUGGUGCACCGGUCGGUCGAACAGAUUGACGACCAAGCGGUCAAGGACAAGAUCGCCGCCGCCGUCACGUUCGGCGAUACGCAAAAGGAUCAAGAUGACGACCAAGUCCCCGGGUUGGAUCCCGCAAAGACUCUUAUCUUGUGCAACGACGGUGAUCUGGUCUGCGAUGGUACACUUAUUGUCACGAGUGCGCAUCUGGACUACACUGGAAAAGUGCAACAGGCUAGCGACUUCAUCACUGGCCUAGUACAGUGA